AUGCAAAAUAUGGAAAAUAUUUAUAAUUUAGAGUUUUCAAAUGGGAAAAUUAAUUAUUUAAAUUUUACAAAUUUACCACCCAGUUUACAUUAUUUAACAAUGGAAAAUAAUGGUAUGACAGGUACGAUACCAACUUGGUAUCCAAAUAAUUUUUCAAUGCUUUUUCUAAAGGGUAAUAAGUUGACAGGAGAGUUUGAUGAAAAUUGGUAUAAUGAUGAUUUUGAUAUUAGCGAUAACUAUAUUGAUAUUUAUCUUCCAUCAUGUUUUAAAUGUCAUUAUUUACAACCAUCGAUUAGCAGACCAAUAUCUGGUAAUAGAUUUAAAAAUUUCGACCCAAAUAAUUUAGAACCAUGUUUAAGCAUAGAUUUAAAUCUUUCAUAUAAUAAUUCCACUGAUCAAUUACUAUUGUAUGGUAGUGAUCUUGGAUUUCCAACAUCAAUCAUGAUAUUAGAUAACCCAAUUUUAGUAUUUGAUUAUGGUGAACAAUGCAAAGAAAUUAGAAUUUUUAAGCCUAGAUGGAAGAUAGGAGAAGUACCAAAAGCAAUUAAUGUUACAUUUCCUUUUUUACCACAAGGUCAAAGAACGUUUGAAAUCUCUGCAUAUAAUGAAUUUUUACCACAAAUCAGUAGUAUAAUUAGAUAUUCAGAUUAUUUUAUUAUCAGUGGUAAAUACUUUGCAUACAAUCAGAGUGUAACUACUGUUUUAAUUUCAAAUCAUUCAUGUUCAAUUAUAACAAGUAAUUUCAAUGAAAUUCAAUGUUAUCUUUCAAAUUCAAAUCAAAUCAUUAAUAAUGAAGAAUUAAUUACAAGUAUUAUUCAAGUUAUGAAUGUUUCAAGUACAUUUAAUUUCAGAGUGAAUCAAGCAUGUAAUGGUAAUAAUUGUCCAAUCGCAGAUUGUAAUAAAUAUGGUGAAUAUAAUUAUGAAAGUGGUGUUUGUGAUUGUUAUUCAAAUGAAUGGAGAGGCUAUUCAUGUGAAUUAAAAUCAUUAAAUUGUUUAAGUAAUGAUUGUAGCGGUAAUGGUUAUUGUAAUAAUAUCAUUGGUAAAUGUGAAUGUAAUACAAAUAGAGUAUUCGAUGAUUGUAGUGGUAUAUUAUGUAAUAAUGGUCAUGGUUGUUUUAAUGGAGGUAAUUGUAAUUUUCAAAAUGGAAUUUGUAAUUGUUCAUCCAAAUGGAUCGAAAGUUCAGGAUGUGCAACACCCAAACAAUCAAUUGAUUCACAACAAUUAGUACAAAUAGAAAAUGAUCAAAUACUAACAUUAAUUGGUUGGUUUGGUAAUAUUAAUAUAUUUUUAACAAUAUUAAUCGAUGGUAAAAUUUGUGACAUCAUUUCCAAUGAUAAUGAAACCAUUCAAUGUAUUCCACCAUAUUAUCCGUGUGAUUUCAUAAAGACCUCAUCAUUAGAACUAUCAGUUUCUCAAAAUAAUUACAUAUGGAAUGGAAUUUAUAAUCCAAUAUUUAUCAAUGGUUGUAGUAAUAGUAAUGAAGGCAGUAGUAGUAGUGUUGGUGGCAAUAGCGAUUCUUCAUUACCAUCACCAUCAUCAUCAUCAUCAUCAUCCAAUAACCCAAAUUUAAUUAGUCUAUUCAUUUUGUUAUUCCUAAUUAUAUUGGUUUUGUUAGGUUUUGUUUUUCUUAGAAAAUUAAUUAUAAAAAAUAAUUAUUUCCGCUAUAACAACCUUAAUACCAAUGAAAAUGAAGUCAAUAUAUUUUUAAGAAAUAUAAACUAA